AGCAGAGACAGCCUUAAACCCCCAGCAGCAGGGCCUCCUUCGCCACCUCUCCCCCCCCCUUGGAGGAAUUACGGACCCUUUGCAACCAGCUCCUGGGCUUUGACCUUCAGCAAACCGGAUUCCCCCCCCUUUUUCCUAGCAGCAUUCCCCCCUCCCGCCCCUGUCUUGGGCUGGACAAGAAGGGGGGAAGGUUUGCAGCGCGCACACACGAGCGUCAGUUGUGUUUGGAUGUUUGUGGCAUGGAGAAGCAGCAGCUAGCAGGGAUGCGAGGAGAGCAGCAGCAGCAAGAGGUGGAGGAGGAGAAGUGUUGAGCUGCUCAGCUCUCCCCGCGACCGCUUUGUGUGUUCUGGAUUUGUGUCUGUGUGUGUGUGUGGGGAGGGGGGAGGUUGUUUUUUUGGAAGGAGCCUGGGGCAGCAGCAGCGCUGUGAAGCCGGGGAAGCCUUUUCAUUCAUUUUUCUCCUGCAUUUUUUAGGGUCUUUCGGUCCCCCUCCGACUUACUUUUGUGCUGGGGGGCGCUGCAAGGGGGGAUUCCCUUGGGAGCAGCCUCUGCUCUCUGCUGAGGGGGAUCAACUGUCUUGGGAAGCUUUAUUGCCCCUUCCCCCAUCAGCUUGCUUUGCACCCCCCCCCCGCUUUUCCCAUCCGGUUUUGUGCGUGUGUUUGCUGCGUCUUUGUGGGGUUUGAAAAUGGAGGCUGAAGAUACAGACUGCCAGCCCCAACGUGCUUCGUGUUGGUUACUCCGGUGCCCCUUGCAUCCCUGCAGGCAGCGCUGAGGGGGGAGUGUUGCUCAGCGCCCCCCAAGUAUCGCUCGUCCUGGGGGAGCCCCAGCCCGGCGUGGUUAUUGUUGUCCGUGCGUAGCUGCUCCGGAAGCACCUCCGCGAGGGGGAGAAACACCUUUGAAUUUGCAAACCCAGGGGAGAGUGUUUUUGUGUCUGCGCGUGGGAGGAGCGGGGUGAUUUUUUUCCCCCUCUCUCCCAAGCUCCCCCCCCCUUAAUAGAGCUGGUGUGUGAGUGGAGGGGAAGAGAUUUUGGACUUUUUUUUGGGAAAAGGGGAUCUUGUCCAUAAUUUAAAAAAAAAGGAAUGAAGUCUGGCGCUGGAGGAGGGUCCCUGACCUUAUUUCUGCUCUUCUUCGCCACUCUUUGUCUGUGGCCAACAAAUGGAGAAAUUUGUGGGCCAAAUGUCGACAUUCGCAAUGAUAUCCAUGAGCUGAAGCGCUUAGAGAACUGCACAGUAAUUGAGGGUUUCCUACAAAUUCUGCUGAUCUCCAAAGCAGAAGAUUACCGCAGCUUCCGCUUCCCAAAGCUCACCGUUAUCACCGACUACUUGCUGCUGUUCCGUGUAGCUGGCUUAGAGAGCCUAAGUGAUCUCUUUCCCAACCUCACAGUCAUUCGCGGGAGGAACCUCUUCUACAACUAUGCUCUGGUUAUCUUUGAGAUGACUAACCUCAAAGAAAUUGGGCUGUACAAUCUGAGGAACAUCACCCGAGGGGCCAUCCGCAUCGAGAAAAACUCUGACUUGUGUUACCUCUCCACAGUGGACUGGUCUCUGAUCCUAGAUGCAGUGUCCAACAACUACAUAGUUGGGAAUAAACCUCCAAAGGAGUGCGGGGACUUGUGUCCAGGGACUAUGGAAGAGAAACCCUUGUGUGAGAAGACCUCCAUUAACAAUGAGUACAACUAUCGCUGCUGGACCACCAACCACUGCCAGAAAAUGUGCCCCAGUGCUUGUGGCAAACGGGCAUGCACAGACCAAAAUGAAUGUUGCCAUCCUGAAUGCUUGGGGAGCUGCACUGCGCCUGACAACAACACAGCGUGUGUGGCCUGCCGCAAUUACUAUUAUGAAGGAAUCUGCGUGCCCACCUGCCCACCUAACACCUACAAGUUUGAGGGCUGGCGCUGCGUUACUAGGGACUUCUGUUCCAAAGUCCCUGCUACCGAAAUAAGCGAGUAUGAGAAGUUUGUGAUCCACAAUGAUGAGUGCAUGGCGGAGUGCCCCUCUGGAUUCAUACGCAAUGGCAGCCAAAGCAUGUUCUGCAGCCCCUGUGAAGGGCCUUGCCCAAAAAUCUGUGAGGAAGAGAAAACAAAGACCAUUGAUUCUGUCACAUCAGCACAAAUGUUGCAGGGAUGUACCGUUCUGAAGGGGAAUCUGCUUAUUAACAUCCGCCGUGGGAACAAUAUUGCUUCCGAGCUGGAGAAUUUUAUGGGUCUGAUAGAAACUGUAACUGGGUAUGUGAAGAUCCGCCAUUCCCAUGCGCUAGUCUCCCUGUCUUUCUUGAAGAAUCUACGCUAUAUUUUGGGAGAGGAACAGUUGGAUGGGAAUUAUUCUUUCUAUGUGCUUGACAACCAGAAUCUGCAACAGCUGUGGGACUGGAACCACCACAACCUGACGAUCAAAGAGGGAAAAAUGUACUUUGCAUUUAAUCCCAAACUGUGUGUGUCUGAGAUUUACCGCAUGGAGGACGUGUCCGGAACCAAAGGAAGACAGAGCAAAGGAGAUAUAAAUCCAAGGAACAAUGGGGAGAGAGCCUCUUGUGAAAGCCACAUUCUGAAUUUUGUCUCUAACACCACCCUGAAGAACCGGAUUAAACUCACUUGGGAUCGGUAUCGCCCUCCAGAUUACAGAGAUCUUAUUAGCUUCACUGUUUACUACAAAGAGGCACCAUUCAAGAAUGUGACAGAGUAUGAUGGGCAAGAUGCUUGUGGUUCUAAUAGCUGGAACAUGGUAGAUGUCGAUCUGCCCCCAAACAAAGAGAACAACCCUGGGAUUUUACUGCAGGGACUGAAACCUUGGACUCAAUAUGCGAUUUAUGUCAAGGCUGUUACACUCACAAUGAUGGAGAAUCACCACAUCCAUGGAGCAAAGAGUGAGAUAGUCUACAUACGCACCAAAGCUGCAGUGCCAUCUAUUCCACUGGAUGUUAUUUCAGCAUCGAAUGCCUCUUCUCAGCUAAUUGUGAAAUGGAAUCCACCCUCUCUUCCCAAUGGCAACUUGUCCUACUACAUUGUACGGUGGCAGCAGCAGCCGCAGGACAGUUAUCUUUACCGACAUAACUACUGCUCCCAAGAUAAAGUCCCAAUUCGGAGAUAUGCUGAUGGGACCAUUGAUACAGAAGAAGCUACUGAACCCACCAAACCAGAAGGGAGUGGGGGAGAGAAAGGAGCUUGCUGUGCUUGCCCCAAGACAGAGGCAGAGAAGCAAGCUGAAAAGGAGGAGGCCGAGUACCGGAAAGUCUUUGAGAACUUCCUCCAUAACUCCAUCUUUGUGCCCAGACCGGACCGGAAGCGCAGGGAUGUGUUCCGGAUCAUGAAUAGCACUCACGCCAGUCGGAACAGGAACACAACAGUGCCAGAUCACUUUGCCAACGUGUCAGAUGUGGAGGAGAGUGAGAUGGAAUACCCAUUCUAUGAGAGCAAAGUGGAAGGGCGGGAGAGGACGCUUAUCUCCCAUCUCCAGCCUUUUACUCUUUACCGUAUCGAUAUUCACAGCUGCAACCAUGAAGCAGAGACACUUGGCUGCAGUGCCUCCAACUUUGUCUUUGCGAGAACAAUGCCCGCAGAAGGAGCAGAUAACAUUCCAGGAACCGUAACAUGGGAAGGCAAAGAAGAUAAUGCUGUCUAUCUGAAGUGGUCAGAACCUGUAAACCCUAAUGGAUUGAUACUGAUGUAUGAAAUCAAAUAUGGUCAGCAUGGAGAGGAGAAACGGGAAUGUGUUUCUAGACAGGAAUACAGGAAGUUUGGAGGAGCCAAACUAACUCAUCUAAAUCCUGGAAACUAUUCUGCCAGAGUUCAAGCCACCUCUCUAGCUGGAAAUGGAUCAUGGACUGAACCAGUGUCUUUCUAUGUACAGCCCAAACCGGCAGACUAUGGGAAUUUCCUGCACUUGAUAAUUGUGCUCCCCAUUGCAGUGCUGCUGGUCAUUGGAGGGUUGCUAAUAAUGCUGUACGUCUUCAACAAAAAGAGGAACAGUGACAGACUAGGCAAUGGAGUGCUUUAUGCUUCUGUGAACCCUGAGUACUUCAGUGCUUCUGAUGUGUAUGUUCCGGAUGAAUGGGAAGUGCCCCGUGAGAAGAUUACCAUGUGCCGGGAGCUUGGGCAAGGCUCCUUUGGAAUGGUUUACGAGGGAAUAGCUAAGGGAGUGGUGAAGGAUGAGCCAGAAACUCGGGUAGCCAUCAAAACUGUCAAUGAGUCUGCAAGCAUGCGUGAACGGAUAGAGUUCUUAAAUGAGGCCUCAGUCAUGAAGGAGUUCAAUUGCCAUCAUGUGGUGCGGCUGCUUGGAGUUGUCUCCCAAGGCCAACCAACACUGGUGAUCAUGGAGCUCAUGACGCGCGGGGAUCUCAAGAGUUAUCUGAGAUCUCUGCGGCCAGACACCGAGAAUAACCCAGGCCAGGUGCCUCCAACUCUGAAGAAGAUGAUUCAGAUGGCAGGAGAGAUUGCUGAUGGCAUGGCGUACCUCAAUGCCAAUAAAUUUGUGCAUAGGGAUCUCGCAGCAAGGAAUUGCAUGGUGGCCGAAGACUUCACUGUGAAAAUUGGAGAUUUUGGCAUGACCAGAGAUAUCUACGAGACAGAUUACUAUCGGAAAGGAGGGAAAGGUUUGCUCCCUGUGCGCUGGAUGUCCCCGGAGUCACUGAAGGAUGGAGUCUUUACAACACAUUCAGACGUCUGGUCCUUUGGAGUUGUCCUUUGGGAAAUUGCAACAUUAGCAGAGCAGCCAUACCAAGGCAUGUCCAAUGAGCAAGUUCUCCGCUUCGUGAUGGAGGGAGGCUUAUUGGAGAAACCAGACAACUGUCCUGAUAUGCUGUUUGAGUUGAUGAGGAUGUGUUGGCAGUACAACCCCAAGAUGAGGCCCUCUUUCCUGGAAAUAAUCGGUAGCAUUAAGGAUGAGCUGGAUCCAGCAUUCAAAGAGGUCUCCUUCUUCUACAGCGAAGAGAACAAGCCUCCAGACACCGAGGAACUCGAUCUGGAGACUGAAAACAUGGAGAGCAUUCCUUUAGAUCCCUCCUCCACCCUCCAACCCACUGACAAGCACUCAGGACACAAAGCUGAGAACGGCCCAGGCGUGGUGGUCCUGCGGGCCAGCUUUGAAGAGAGACAGCCGUACGCGCACAUGAACGGGGGACGCAAGAACGAACGGGCCUUACCUUUGCCCCAGUCUUCGGCCUGCUGAUCCUUAAAACCCAGAAUCUCACAAACACACAUGGUGGGGGAAGAAAGAAAGAAGAAAAUAUAUUCAAAAGCCUACUGUACCUCAGUGGAUCUUCAGAACUGCCAUAGCUGCACACAGGAGAAUCCUCUUUUCAGUAAACACAUUAGUUUUUUCUUUGUUCAAUAUGCAAGCAGAUGUUUAUUUCAGUAAAGGACUCCGUUCAGUGGGGCGCAGAGUCAGCCUUUGAAAACUCUAAUGUUAACACUUAAUAGCAACAGAAAACUUGAGAUCUGAUGUGUCUCUCUUCUUUCUCUCUCUCUUUCUCUCUCUCUUUCUGUUUCAUAAUGGGAAACAUAUCUGCGUGCAAGUUCAACCAUACAGCACUUUUAUCAGAUCAAAGAAAUUGCAGGCCAGGUGGCUCCCCGUUAGCCCUUGCAAACACCUGCUUAACACUGUAGGUCUUUAUAAAAACAGAAUUUAAAAAAAGACUGAAUUUUUAAUGAUACUCUAAUCUUUUUAGGAACAUGUAAAAGAACUUAGAAAGGGCCAUCAUUUGUCCAAGGUUGUUACCAUUUUCAACGCUGCCAAAUUUUGCCAAAAACAAAAAAAAGAAACUUUUUGGGGAGUUAGUGGUUUUGGUUUUUUUUGUGGGGGGGGGGAUGUUUGUUUUUGUAGGCUUGGAAGGAGCAAACUAAUCAACUGCUCCAUUUAAGAGAUACUGACCAAUACACUCCAUUCAAUCAUACACUGGUAUUUAAAAAAAUAAUCUGAUUGUCUAGAUCUUUUUUUAAACUGGACAAAACAUGAUUUGUGUUCUCAUGAUGGAGAGGAAAAGGGGGGCAGGGUUUAGAAACAGUCCUCCCUCCAUCCACCCUCCCCCACCAAGAAUUCUGGACAAAACUGGCAGUGGUGAGCCAAAUAUCUCACACACACACACACUUGUACACUCUUACAUAUAUUUCGUGCAAAAAAAAAAGUUGACCGCACGCCAAAAACAGCAAACCAGCCUGAAAUGAACCAGAAGGGAUCUCCGUCGUUGCAGCCUACUCUCCUUCUCAGGCUAGCUGGAAAACACAUGUCAAAACAAAUUGGAGAAUACAAAAAGCGGUAAUGGAUUCAAGCAUAUGACGCUUUGUUGACCUUUGCUCUCUGUUAUUAAGACUUCUCGAAGGGUCUUGCAGUUCUAUGUUAGACCAUGGAUCAUUUGCAUACACAUUGUCUUUUGUGUCACUUUUAUAACUUUUUUACGGUUCAGAUACUCAUCUAUAUGUCUGUACAGAAAAAAGCUGCUAUUUUUUUUGUUCUUUAUCUUUGUGGAUUUAAUCUAUGAAAACCUUCAGGUCUGCCCUCCUUCCCUUCCUCCCCCUCCAACAAAUUUCUUAUGCUUUGUACUAUAGUGUGUAACUUUUACUUCCUUCUUCCUCGUAACUGAUCCCUGUAACAUGAUUUGCCAUGAACUGUUUAAUGCCUUUUUAUAAAUACAUUUCCUCCUCUUUUUUUUCCAUUAGUUGUUUUACAACAUCUUGGCUGUGUGGGUUACAAGGCUCUUGAGGAAACCGGGGGAAAAGGGAUAUACACAACCAGAUGCACUCCAGUGGUGCUCUUUGGUGGUGGUUUUAACCCUAUCUUCCCUCCUUCUGCUAGCCUCUGCCCAGGCAGCAUUCGAGUCUGUUACAGUGCAAGGCACGAUACAAACUCAGGUCAGAAAAAACAAAAAAGGUUACAUAUUGAGUACAUUCUUGUUCAGUGUUCAUAUUCAUCGUUGUACAAGAGUCAGAUCCCCUCCUUCCCUUGCCUCUUGUUUUGGUUGUGACACGCAUAUAUAUAUAUAUAUUUUUUUAAUUGUUGGGUACAACAGCGGACACCAGGCUUUUGGGUCUCUAUUUUUUAAAAUGAAUCGUUUAACCCUUCCAUCCCAUGAACAACAGCUGCGUUUCCUCUAACUUGGUUGAGCUGUCAGUGUUCGGCAUCGUUACUUAUUGUUAUGGCCUUUAAAUGUGCUGAUCUAGCAGAUCCCAGCUAGUAGACUUUCUCAUUAGAAGAUGUUGAAAGGCCACAUUCUGGACCGCCCCAUGCUGAAGUUCCUCCCUGGUUUGCCAUAUGACUGAGCUGUUGAGAUGAGGUGGGGGGAACCAGAGAGCUUUUAAGUGGGUGGGGGCCACCAGAUUUGCUAGCAAACAGUUAAAACGUGGCAUCUAUGGAAACCUGUACAAGUACAAGCUUGUGCGUUCAGACCAUAGAUGAAACUUCAGCACAAAGGAGAAAUAGUAGCUUGCUAGUUCAGCUGAGGCACCCUUACGAAUGUGUGGGGGUGGAGAGAGGAGGGUUUAAGUAGUAGGAGGUGAGGGGCUAUGAUGUUAGUUUAAAAAAAGGAGCCGUAACAGUUGCUCAUCUUAAGUUUAUUAUUGCAUCUAACCCCUUGUUUAGCACUGAUCCAACCAAAUGAUGGCAGUAAAAGAAGUGGUUCUGGGAUGGAAACGUUAAAUUUUUUUUUUUGAGUAAGAACAAAGAAAAUAUACUGAUUGCUCAUUGUGACUGGAGAUUUAAAAAAAUGUUUGUAGUGCUUUUUGCUUGUGUAGUUUUAGGUCCCACUAUCUUCUCUUGCCUCUGUCCUGUAGUUAUUUUUCCCUUUAAAGAAAAGACAAAAAAAAGUUAAUUAAGAAGGUAUUCUAUGUAGGAUUUUUUUAUUUAUUUUUGUGAUAUCAGUUUAAAUCACUGUAGAGAUGCCCCAUAAUAAAUUUAAAUACUGAGAUAAGGGUUUUCAAAGUAUGGCAGGGGGACAGUUUUUGAUUUUUUUCAAACAUUUAUCUACCUCACUCUUAUUUUUUUUAUAUGUGUGUAUAUAUAUAUAAAAAACAUCUCACAUUUCUCAGCAGCCAAUAGAAAUGCCGUUGAUACUGGUAACCUCUCACUCUACAAACCACAUUCUCUAGGUUUUGGAGAGAAGCGGUCGCUACUUUUCCCAAAGGGUCACUUCACAGGGUUGUGCUUGUGUUAUUUUAUAGCAGUUUGUCCUUUUUGGUACCACUUUUAAGAUUUAUUUUGGGGGGAGAGCAAGAGACCCACCUGAGUUUUUAUGACUUAAGAGCACCAUUCUUUAAGAAGUCGCAGUAGCUGUGAAAUCCUCUGUCAUGGCAGUCAUUGGUCAGCCAAAUGUGUGUUCAGGUGACUGUAUGUUCAGAUAACUGCUAGAUGGUGAUUGAAUGAAGGUAUUUGAUCAAAUUAAUUAUGGAAGCCAAUCGUCUGCAAUAUUUGAAGAUCUGGGGUUGUUAGAAUGAGAUAAAUGGCUUUUCUGUUAAUCCUUAAGAGGGGGAAAAGUCAUUCUUGACCAUUUUUUCUCAGAUGCCACAAGCACCAAAAGGACAUUUGACUGAAUCAAUACCUAAAAAUAAAUUGGAGCAUACAACAAUAGUAACAACAGGGCAGAAAUGUCAUAGGCUACCUGAUAACACUACACUGAGUUUACAACUUGGACUUUUUACACUUGCUGCUUCUGUUUGACAGGAGCCUUGAUUUCUUAAUGCUAAAUGUUAAAUGGGAAAUUUGAAUGUGCCAGUAGAAAUCCAGUCCCUUCCAAACCCUUCUCUGUACAUACGUUAUCACUCUGGAUUCUGAUGGACCAGCCGUCAAAUUGUGACUUCCCUCUAAUAGUGCUUAACUGGUUUACAAGUGUACAGCACUAAUAUAACACAAGCCUGCCAUUAACAUGAUGUAUAAUGUUUCUUUUUCUGAUUCUGGCAGCUGUUCAUGCAGGUGUUAGUUGUGGUAUCUGAAUAAUGUGGCACUUGGCUACUUUCAGAUGUAUGUGGCCUCUUGAAUAUAUAGUACUGUGGUUAAGUAUAAUAAAGUUUGUCUUUGGAAGGAGCGUUUCUAACACCAGAAAAACUAACAACAUUUCUGAUUUACUGGGUUUCCUUUGUGUUUUUUAAUUUUUCCUAAUUUGACAGUGACCUUUUGGUGUAGCGACUGCUCUUCUCUCUUGCACAUAUUGAUUUCCACAACUGGAGAUCCUCAGAUCUUUCAGCCGGCUAUGAGGGUUUUGUUAAAACUGUCCAAGUUAAUGUUUUUUUUUUUAAUUGUUAUGUAGGUGGUUUAAAAAAAAUUAGGAAAAAACACUAACAAUAUAGUACCCAUCAUGAUAAACAUUUCAGAAGCACUUAAAUGAAAGGCAGUCAUGUGACUAAGCAAAGUAUGCACAUGUGAUGACAAAGUCAGUUCUCUUGGACCAAACCACCUUUACAAUACCAUUGUAUUCUCUGUUCACAAUUCUAGCCUAAUUUCAUACUGGUUUCUACAGAAUUUGUUUUUAUGUGCAUUCUGAAUAUCUUUAUCCAUAUGGGUUUUUCAUGCCGACCACCCAUUGACAGUAAAUAACAUUUGUGCAUGUGAACAAUGGAGAAUUAAUGGCUUGAUAUUAGCAUAAAAUGGCUUGUAAUGACGCCUUUUCCUGAGAGACCACUGCUGGCUUGCUGGUAUGGAGAAUUUAGAACUUCAGCUGUGUUUGAAUAAACCUGUAGUAAUCCCAUUUCUGAGCAUGAUUUAAAAAAAAAAAACACCCAAAAACCCACCCAACCUGCAAAACAAGCAUUCUGACAAAAGGUACCAAAAUAUCAGUAACAAAUUGGCGUCACUAAGGGAGCAAGAAACUUUGAUUUAAGUAUUUGGGGUUGUUCUUGUCCGACUUUGUCACUGUUGUUAAGUAGUUCAAUGGUACUGAAGGUGGUUUGGUUGCAAAGGAAGGUGAUUUGUAUAAAUACAGAAGUAUCACAUGCUUGGUAUUAAAUAAGAUUAUUUUUGUUGGGUUAAUAGAUUAGGCACAGAAGCCACGGAUGAUGUAAAACUUGAGGCUAACGCAUGUUCCAUCAAGCCUCUUCCUCCGUGUGAUGCCUCCGUUCUUCAAAGCUGGUUCUAAGUGAUGUAUGACUCUAGAUUUGUUUGCACUGAUGCUCCUGUUGGUGUCACUAAAAGCCCAGUUUGCCCAGGAUGACUGGUCACCAGAUGGAACUACUAUUAAGUCCUCUGGGAACUGCUGAGGGUCGUUGAGGACAAUACAAGCCUAAACAAAUGGCGCUCUUGUUGUUAUACAUAUAUAUAUAUAUCUCUUUUUUUUAAAAAAAAACCCUUUUCAUUCCAGUAGUACAAGCAACACUUUCCUCUGUUACUCUUCUUAUUUUGUUUGUCAACCAUGUAUUUAAUAACUGGGCUAAGAAACAAUAGGGGAAAGUGCAAGAGAUCCACUCCUUAUUAACCAGUGAAAGCCAGAUAUUGCAGCUCCACUCUUCAGUGUGCAAACAAUAAUUAUAAAUCAAAGAUGACAAGUAUAUUAAACAUUAAUUGCCAGAGGUGCUGAAGAUACAGAACUGUCAAUGGUCAGGAGAAGUUCAGGGAUUGCCUUGAUUCAGAAGACUGGUUGUUCUGAAUAAAGGCAUUUAAAUUACUUCUUGUGCAUUUAAGAACUACAACCAGGUCAGUUGGAAUUGAGAGUGGUAGUGUGGAAGGAGGAGAACAAAGGAUGGAAAUACAGGAUUUGGCAGAAGUUUGUGAUAGAUCCAGAGCUCGGUAUGUAGGAUAGCAUCAAGGCUCAGGCUUCAUAACUAAUCAUUUGGUACUUCUAAAUAAAGCUCUUAAUGUCCUAAGUUCAUUACCAAGAGGUUUACAGUGGUCAUUGGUCAAUAUGAAUUGCAGUGGAUCAAUUCUUGGUCAAUCUGUUUUGCAAGUACCAUAUGAUUAUCAAUAGUACGUGUGCAUGUGUGAAUGUUCCUUUUUUUGUAUGCAUUAUGUUGAUUAGUAAUCCAUUAACAUUUUCAAUAGGGCUUUUAAGUCCAGUAGAUUACGGGUAGUCAGUUGACGAAGAUCUGGUUUACAAGAACUAAUUAAACGUUUCAUUGCAUUUUGUAAGUACAUAUAAUAAUACAUAGAAUAAUUUUAUAAAAUGUUUGUAGUUUAUAAAUGCCUAUAAAAUAAUUUAAAGGCACUUUCCUGUGUCUGUCUGUGUGUGUGUGUGUGUGUGUAUGAUCAGGUUUUUUUGAUGGUACCAGUUUACUAGCUAGCUUUACAAUAUGCCAAAAAGGAUCAUUUACUUGUCCAACUCAUGGUUCAUUCAUUUUUUCCCCCAAGCUUUGUGUCCCAGUGUACAGUGAAUGAUUGAUUAAAGAGAUUGAGAAACUGUUCUGUAUCUUCAGUAUCCUGGUUUUCCAGAACCCUCUGGUUGGGGCGGGAUCAUCUUAACUGGUCAUUUCACUUUACUGUAUAGUGCCGUUAACGUAAUGGAUUGAAAGAACCUCAUUGGUUAUGGAAACAGAAUAGGGAAUGCUGCUAAGCAGUCUUAGUUGUGUUAUUUAGUACCGGUUUUUCUUCUUGUUGUCGGAUGGGUUAAAGGAUGUGAUUGCGUAAUAACAUGAUGAAAGGCAGUUUUCAUAGUUUUCUUUAAUUCAGUUAUAACUGUUUACAGAUUUCUUGUCACUUCAAAUAUUAUGGUUUUGUAUGUAGCCUAUACAAUGUGUGUAGAUAUCUAGCAUCAUUAGAGCUUUGAGAUGAACAAGGAAAGGUCCCUAUUUAUUUUUAUUUAAAUAAGAAUACUGAAGAUCUUUUUUUUUUUUUCUAAAUUAGACAGAACAUAUUCCCUCCCCUACCUUUUGAAGGUUAUGGAUGGUUUAGAUGCCUUUGAGAGACUCAUCAUUCUGUUUUCUAAACCAGUGAGGUUUGAGUUGAAAGGAUUGGCCAGAGUUUGUCUACCUCUGGGACAAAAACAAAACUAGGAAGUGCUACGGAACUGAUGCAUUUGCAAAUACAUUUACCAAGUUUUCUUGUUUAAAAAAGCUUUUUUUAAAAAAAAAUUAAAACAGUAAUAACAUGGCCAAUUUAGUACAUUAAAAAAGACUUGCUGUGUAUAAAUUAUUCCUAAAGAAAUUCCUGUGUUUAUAUUAAAAUGAAUCAGUAGAUGAUAAAAAAAAAUUCAAAAUGUUUUUGUAUAUUCUGUUGUAAGAAUUUAUUCCUGUUAUUGCGAUAUACUCUGGAUUCUUUACAUUAUGGAAAAAAGAAACUUUUGUCUAUUUUGAAUGGCUGAAGCUAAGGCUCCUUUAGUUUCUCUUACUCUGCUUUUUUCUAGUAGUUACAGUACUACAUGAUUUAAGUUAAAUAAAAUAAUUCUGUAU